ACCUUGACGACUAAGGUCCAAAACCAAUAGAAAAGGGAAACCGAAACAAUGAUACUAAUAGAUUUGUGUUAUUCGUUGUCCCGUGAGAUGUAGGCAAUGCACGAGACGUUAGCGAUGUUAUUUAGGGUCGAGCGACACGAGGCUGGCAGUGACCCCACGAGCGCCAGCACCACAACCAGCGUGGAGCUCCUAGACGACUUGCGGCAGGACCUGGUGAGCACGUCGCUGUCCGCACGGGACAGCACGGUGGUCGAGACACUGCGGCAGGAACUGCACGCCCUGCGUCACAGCUACAACGCCCUGCUGGAGAGUCGCGCCCGCUUGGAGAACCUGCUGGACCACGCACGGCUGUGCCGCGAUUGCUCAGCCCGCAGGGAGCGGGACAGCCAGCUCGACCAGGCCUGCUCCAACCCACACGCAUGUGUCUCGGAAGCUAGUCCCCAGGGACAAGCCAGCACCGCAAGCACUGCUGCUGGGGAGGAGGGCAAGAUGCGGUCGUACCAAGGCAGCACGCACGACUGUGAGCUAGAGGACGAGGGUACACAAAAACUGUUGCUGUGCCUGCUGGAUGCAUUACACGUGGUCAGCCAUGCCGCGCGGCGAAGCUCAGCGACUCUCCACAGCUCACUGGUGGCCCUGACACGGUGAGCUGGCUCUGCACCGCCCCUGCACCAUUGUGCUGGAUAAUCCGGGAUUCCUCCUCUUCCUCGCGCAUGGCUGGGCAGCAUGCAGGAUGAAGUACUUGUGGAUGUGCUAUGGAAGACAUUAUCACUCUACUUCUGAAGGACUUAUAUUUGGCAUGUCGCAGGCAACGUGUUGGUCUCAGCUCCAUGCGCUAUGCUUGUCCAGUUGGCUGUGCAAAGUACCCUUCUCCGCAGUACCGUUGUUCUUGGUUUCCAUCCAUAGGCACUAUUGCAGUUUAUUGUAGCAUUUGGAAAUGAUAAUCUUAGGAAAACAUUAUUUUUAUGUUGCCCAGCAUCACAAGCUGCUUCUUUUAAAACUUAUUUCAAACUCCUUUUUUUUUACAAGCGAGAUAUUUAAAAACCUCUAAUUGUGGGCUGUUUUAUUUGAAAAUGCUUAUAAACAUCACAUUACUUCCUGGAUGUUGUUAAGAGCUCUGCUUGGCCACAUGAAGCCCUUCUAUGAAACCAGCACCAGAACUCGUGCUGUCAACAGUUUGUGUAUGUACUCUUUACCUUUAUCUCUAACACAACUAAAUAAACUGGGAGUAAGGAAUCCUAAAAUUUAAAAUUAAAA